AUGGCGGCCUGGCGGCAGAAAACUACGGUGCUCUGGUGGUUGGUUGUGAUCUGUGCGAUAGCCACUGCAGAGGAGCAACAGCAACAUCAACAGACUACUGGCGACCAGGAUUUAGCGCAGGUGGUCCAGCAAGAAAUGCGCUCAAUCGUCAGUAGACUGGAGUCGCGGGUGGAGGCGCUGGAGAGGAGCUUCGAGUCUCGAGUAGAGUCACUGGAAGGAGAGGUGGUUCAACUCCGGUCGAACGCCGAUGAGCUGUACGAUUUGAUGUAUAAACAAAUUUACAAUCAAAAGAGCCAGCAAGCCAAGCUCGAAAGCGAGCUGGAAAUUCAAAGCUCACUGAUUGACAAGCUCGCUAACCGUAUUUACGACCAUGAAUCUGAGUUCUCCAAAAUCACAGCUAUUAUUCAGCAAUCUCAGUCGCCUGAGCUGAGCUCACAGCCCGCUCAAGAAAAGACCGAGCAAAAUUCGUCAGACAGCCUGCUACAUCCCCGCGACUGCAGCGAUUUGCCGGAAGACUCGCCGACGGCAACCUACCUCGUCUACCCCGACCGCUCCCGGCCAGUGCGGGCUCGCUGUGACAUGGACACAGACGGAGGAGGAUGGACGGUCAUCCAGCGCAGAGACGACAUCAGACCGCGCAAGGACUUCUACCGCGGCUGGAGCGACUACAAGACAGGCUUCGGAGUACUGACUGGGGAGUUCUGGUGGGGACUUGAACACGUCUGGCACCUGACUUCCGUUUCAGAUCGGCAGUACGUACUGAGAGUGGACCUCGACGCCUUCGAUGGUGACCAAGCUUUCGCCGUUUACACCAACUUCAGCGUCUCUUCAGAGUCGGACGGAUACAGGCUCAGUGUAUCCAACUACUCAGGAGAUGCCGGCGAUGGUCUGGAGUACGGCGUCAACAGCACAUUCUCGACCCACGACAGGAUCCCGGAAGACGCGGAGACCAACUGCGCCCACGAAUAUCAGGGUGCCUGGUGCCCUGUUCUGGAUGGCAUCGAGGAGCGAAGUCGAGUCGCCGAUGUCACGGUCGUCGUCCUAGAGCCGCCGGAAGUUCGCGUCGACACAAACGAAGACUCUAGCGACGAAGAGAAUGCUGACCCAGCCCGCCUGACGUGGUGCCAUUACGACGACCGACGCGUCAGCUGCGUGGACGAGGCAGACGUCCUGGGCGAAGGCCCCCAGCGGAACGGCUACAUCUUCUGUCUCCUCAAGAAGCUCUGCAGUCAGGUAGUCAGCAUGGAGCGCGCCGGGCGCCGGACUGUAACUGCCACAGUGGAGCACACUCACAGGGUCACCGCGUCGGUGGCCAGCAGCAGAACGCCUCCUGAUCGCCAUUGA